AAUGGGAGAGGAGAGCAUUGCAAUGGCUGCCAUGUAGUACCCUCCCUGCACAAUUAGCCAAUCAGCAGCAAGCUCUGCCAGCCAGAAGGACACAUAAAAGAAGAACAUUGCAGCAGAGGCACAGAAGGAGCCUGCGAGGAGCUGGGAAAUACACACACAACAGCAGAACCACAACACCCUCCCCUGGACACACCCUACUGGGGAUCACUGCUUCUCUUUUUUCUGAACCAUCGCCCACGCCACACGGAGAGAAAUCUCUCUCUCAUCAUCGUCCUGAAGAAAACCCCCUUCUCCUCAUUUUCCCACUGCUGAGGAAACCUACAAUCACACGGGCUGAGCUUUCCUGCCGAAGACUGUCGUUUUUCCUUUUUCUUUUUUUUUCUUUUCGUUUGGAACCUGACAUUCGUCGCUCUCGAGCCACGCCACGGCGUAAUAUCUGCAAGACGGCCUGAAGACCUGCGACUUGAAGGACCUAGAUCACUAUCAUCUUUGUACAUCAAGAAUGGUUACUAUAAUUAGCACCAUGGAAACUCAGGUGUCCAAUGGUCCGAGCGGAACCAGCCUGCCUAACGGCCCCGUCAUUAGCACUAACGGUGCUGCGGACGACAGCAAAACCAACCUGAUCGUCAACUACCUGCCUCAGAACAUGACCCAGGAGGAGUUCAAGAGCCUAUUCGGCAGUAUUGGAGAAAUUGAGUCCUGCAAAUUAGUCAGAGACAAAAUUACAGGCCAGAGUUUGGGCUAUGGCUUUGUAAACUACGUGGAUCCCAAUGAUGCCGACAAGGCCAUCAACACGCUCAACGGUCUCAAACUGCAGACCAAAACAAUCAAGGUGUCCUAUGCCAGACCAAGCUCAGCUUCCAUACGCGAUGCCAACCUGUACGUGAGCGGCCUGCCUAAAACCAUGAGUCAGAAAGACAUGGAGCAGUUGUUUUCCCAGUAUGGAAGGAUCAUCACCUCACGCAUCCUGGUAGACCAGGUCACAGCAGGUAUAUCGCGCGGAGUAGGAUUCAUUCGGUUCGAUAAGAGGAACGAGGCAGAGGAGGCCAUCAAAGGCCUGAAUGGUCAAAAGCCAUUGGGUGCCGCCGAGCCCAUCACCGUGAAGUUUGCCAACAACCCCAGUCAGAAGACGGGACAGGCCCUGCUUACCCAGCUUUACCAGACAGCUGCUCGCCGCUUCACUGGCCCUCUGCACCACCAGACUCAGCGCUUCAGACUCGACAAUUUACUAAACGCCAGCUACGGAGUCAAGAGCUCUCCUUCUUUCCUUCCCAGAUUCUCCCCCAUAACCAUUGACAGCAUGACCAGUCUAGCCGGCGUCAACCUGACCGGGCCCACCGGAGCCGGCUGGUGCAUCUUUGUCUACAACCUGUCCCCGGAAGCUGAUGAAAGCGUCCUGUGGCAGCUCUUUGGGCCGUUCGGAGCCGUCACAAACGUCAAGGUCAUCCGUGACUUCACCACCAACAAAUGUAAGGGCUUUGGCUUUGUCACCAUGACCAACUACGACGAGGCGGCCAUGGCUAUCGCCAGCCUGAACGGCUACCGCCUGGGCGACCGCGUGCUGCAGGUCUCCUUCAAGACCAGCAAGCAACACAAGGCCUGAAGGAAGGCCUAGUCACUACUGCUCUUUAACAUGCAGGGGGAGCUACUGAGCUCCCUGUACAUUCACUCUACAUGGGCCUGGACUGAGUCUCUCUCUAACACACAUACACACACACACACACACACACGUUUAGUUGUUUCGAACAAAAAUACACCAGUAGAGUUGUUUUUCUUUUCCCUUUUUCACAACAUGCUAGUCCUUCCCAACAUUUGCCUGUAUUGAAUUAGCAGAGUUGUGAGUCGGGGCUUGGGAAAUCCACGAGGAGGGACAGUCUAAUGAAUGUGACAGAGAAUGUCUGCAGAGAUUUAAUUUAAUUCAGGCAAAGUAGGAGAACUGGUCAACGAAGGAACGAAAUGAACGCAAAAAAAAAAAAAAAAAAAGUUAAUCGAACGUGCAAUUUACCCGAAAUCUUGCCCUGGUUACUCUCCUGUCUGACUUCAGAGGAUGUAGUCACUUUUUUACACUUGGGCAUUUUGAAUCAGUGAUUUUUUUAGAGAAAAAUGAUUAAAACAGUGUUCUCUUAUAUAUAUUAUGAUAUAACUAUAUAUUCAACAUUUAAGGUGGUUAUAAUAGCCAAAUAUGUAAGCAUUUUCUAGAACUUUGAUUACAGUUUCCUGGCUCUACAUUAGGUUGCAAACUUGCCUUAUGGCACCACACACACCUUACUCAAGGUCCAACCCAACAGCCACAGAACAAACGAUGUAGAUGGUAGUCAAAAAUCGUGAGGUCACCCGGGGGUCAUCACAAUCACCUCAGCACACCAAAAGACAACGUGCAUCACAGAGACACUCCCGCGCGCGCACACACACACACACACACACACACACACACAGAGACACACACCUCCGCUGGAGGGCAUAGCGAAACAUUGCGACCUAGGAUCUCCACAUAUCUUUCCACAGUUUUAGAGUUUUAGAAUUUAGAAUCAAUUCCACCACAUGCAGUUGUCUGUGUAUCUAGGGGCCUUUCGACAGUGUUCCCAUGGUGAUGGCAUUUGGAAUUCUUUUGAAAGUCUUUCAAACCAAUUACGAAGGACGACUGCGGAAUCCAGAACCAUAUUAGAUCAUCUUAAACAGGUCUGAAUGGCUCGGGAAUAGGAAACGCUGUGUGUCAGCUCUUUGAGCUAAAGAGUGUGUUGUUAUGAAGGUCAAGGGCCACUGGGAUUGGUCAUCCUUGGUCUUCAUAACUUCUCACAUACAUUUAGCUCCAUUCACUAAACAGAAUUGCAUUAUAAUUCGCUUUCCCAAACCAUUUUAGCAGCCCCUGCAUAUCUAAACAGCUACAUAUCAAAUCAAAUUUAUAGUCCUCAAGGCCCUUUAAAGCAAGUCGCAGCCACACGAGCUACACAAAAAAUGAAUUUUUAAAAAAAUAUAUGCAUUUCAUUACUGAAAAAUUCUCUAGAUACAUUAAAAACAAUGCCCAAGCUGUCCACAGCUCUGCGAUAAAACAAACGAAACUGUUCCAUGGGGAGAGACAUUGCUGUAAAAUCGCAAAACUUCACGUUAUAUGAAGAAAAGAACUGAAAGAUGUAAAUGUGUGCUCAAAUCAAAUGACAUUUUGCUUUUCUAAAUAACGCUGUGUUAGCCAAAGAGGACAAUGAUCUCUUUGAAAGGAUUACAUUAGAGAUUAAUAUAUUUUUAUAUCUACGAAGAAAAAAAAACAAGACCUUGUGCGACAUUUUUACAGAUUCUUAAAUCGUGGAAAUCUUUGGACACACCGCAUGGCUUUUUAUUUUCAGAGUUUUCAACUUUGGGGAGAGAGGGCCAGUCUGCGGUGUAAGGGAGGGGAUCAGAGGGUUGGGGACUAAGACUUACAUGCAGUGAAACCAUUUCAUUUUCAAAAAUACAAAAAAGAAGAAAAAAAAGAUAAACAUACGAAACAUUUAAAAUAAAGAAUCAGCAGACAGGUACAUGUACGCAUUAACGCAGGAAAAUGACGUUACGGUUUCUCUAGUGUUGAAAAAAAUAAUAAUCAAGCGUUGCUUCAACGACGGUGCAGUGAAGCUCGAAACGGCGUCACAUCGAACACCCAGAGCAUCUCAUCUUGUAUCGGUAAAAACAAAAAAGAAGAAAUCACCUUAACGCUUCAGCAUGUUCGGUGCACCAAAAAAAGUAAAACAAUUGACAAUGCAAUGUAGCUGCACUUAUCAAUGUAAUCAAUUCUCACACCAUAGUGAAUUAUAUUCGCCAGUAUGUCAACACAACAAGCAAAUGUCUAUCAUUGUGCUGUCUAGAUUUCUUUGUUUUUAUUUAAUUUCCACUUCACAUAUCUUCUGUGUUCAACCAUCAUAUCGUCAACACCUAAUUUUGCUCCUUUGCACAAGCACUAACCAACCAAGGGAUCUUAGCUUUGUCACUGAUGAAGGGAAAAAUUAAGUCUGAAACAUUUAGCAAGAGUGUGACUGCACACACACAUACACUUAGACACACACACUGAACCACACAACACAUAUCAGUGUCUCCAGGACCUCCACAGCAUUCACAUCUUAUCAAAACUGUGUGAUACACUUUAAAGUAAACCCCUUAGCUUAUGCCACAUUAACAUCGCAACAUGUUUUUCUUUCGCUAACGCAACUCAUCAUGGAACUCAUCGGUGGUGUGCCCUAAAGGGGACAAAAAUCCUAGACGUAAAGAUUGGUCCGCCCUCUAAAAUGAGCGAUGGGGUAGAUACAGUGACCAGUGCAACCCUGUAGUGCACCUGGUGACCCUAGGGAGGUUUUAGCGUCGUCCCGACGAACCCUUUAGCUACACCGCUCCCCCAUCCCCUCAGAGAGCCAAGGACAAUGGCAGGAAACAAACAUACUGCACCGCUUGAGCAACUACAAUAAUAAUCAUUAAAAAAAGACAAAAAAAGACAAAAAAAAAAAAAACUUUCCUAUGGAACAGUAAGUGCAAUGUGCUUCGUUUUUAUAUUGACUGAGAACAAAAGAUAUAUAUAUUUUUUAAAAAAGAAAUUAAACGUCACACUGAAAUGGUUUGCAGAAUAAUGAAAGGAUCAAAUGUUACGAACAACAACAAAAUGAAAAACAAAGUGUUAACUAACAGAUUCAUGAGAAGAAUCAAACAAGCACCAAGAGCUCUGGUCUCUAAAAAUGUCCAUUAUCCCUUCCUCCACCCCCUUAUUAGUGCUCUGACCAUGCAAGCUAAAACAAAACAGCCGUCUAUGGUAGCCUACCGAAAAGAGCAAAUCUAAAAGACCGUGAAUGGAAUACCGUCUAAAAUAUCAUCGGUUUUAGCCCAUGUUGAUUUCAGAGUAUCAUUUUUCCUGUAAUUGAUUGAUUUAGUUUACAUAUCAGAAUCACACGUUAACUUAGCGUAUUUGUGUUGUUGAUGUUGCCAUAGAGGACACACGUGGGUCGAAUACUUCAUUUCGGUUCCUUUUAUUGGGUACGGUUUCUUAUAUUUGUUUCCAUUAUUUAUAAUUAGUUGCUGUUCUUACAGUGUAUGCAGGUUUUAGAAUUAGUUAGAAGUAUUUCUUUUCAAUCAAAAUGUGUUUAAUUGUGUUUGUAAAAGUCUGUGGUAGCUUCCGUUGCAACAUAAUUUAAACUGAAAAAAAAAAGAUCAAUAUAGCGCCAAUGAACUUGUAUUAUUUGGGCGACUUUAAGCUUGUAGUUUUAACUUAUUGUUAACUUAAAAACUAUUUAUUAUGAUUAUUAUGAUUAUUAUUAUUGCCUCGUAUGAAAGUAUGUUUUGUGUAUAUUUAUUUCAUUAUAUUUGCAAGUUUAAAUACUUUUCAUUUUGCCAAAAUGUGGUUACACCUUUUUGUUUUUCUUUAAAGGGAACAAAUAGAUUUAAAAAAAAGAAUAAAAAAAUAAAAAAACAAAACAGAAAAAAAAAAUCUGCUUUAGAAUUACAAUUUGGAAAAGUUCUCCAUAGGCGAAGAAUGCACUGCUAUAUUAAACUAAUUGAAGUGUAUAAACAUACAUGCUGUGUGCUAGAUGUUAUGCCUUUAAUGCCUGUGUUUUGUUUGUCUUGUUAAAUGAAAACCUUCUGAUUAUUUAAUCUAAUCACAGUCUUGUUUUUCCAACCACGUUCAGAACCCCAUAGCGAAUCAGGGCCCGGAGCGAGGCCUAGGGCAGGGGAGGGGGGCAUGUUGAGGCGCGGUCCGGACCCACAGCUAGGCCUAAAGUUCAGUGUCCCUCGCCAAAAACCUCUCACCCGCUGCCUUACAGCCGCCAAACCGACCGAGAGAGCGGUCUAGAAAAUAAAAGAGUCAGUGGGAGGGCUAGAGCGCAACGUUUAGCAGACGUGGGCGAAGAAAGCGCAGCGGGGGAGACGGGCCAGGCAAGGCGAGGCGAGGCGCUGAGCUAGAUAAAGGGGUCAGUGGUCACUCUGUUUCUCAACCAGUUGUAUUUUGUGUCAGUUAAUUUAGGAGGGACACAGAGUUACUUAGCAACGUUCUUCUGAAACCAUUUUCCAGGAAUAACAGAACAAUAAUAGAAUAAAACAAACGAACAACAAUAAAAAAAAAAAGAUCAAAAGCAGAACUCCUGAUCUCAGUGUCUAUGUGUCACGAAGAAAAAUCUCACACUUCCAAACAUGAACAAACAAAGACAAACACAUUACAAAGGGGAAAAAAUAUUAAACCUUUCAGUUUAGUUUAGGAUAUUUAUUACUGGGAUUUCAACUGAAGACGCUUGAGGACUUUUUCAUGGAAUUGUUUAAUUAUUUGUACUUUACAUGCCAGAAAAAAAAUAAAAGAUAUGAAUCUCA